GCAGUGCCGCUGGCCUCUGCUGCUGCCCCGGCUCUGCUCCUCCGCCCCAUGGGCGUCCGAGGCUGUCGGCGGCGGAGCUGGAGCUGCUCAGGCUGAGGGUGCAGGCAUCGACGGAGGUCCCGGCUCGGGCCUGCCGCGCUGUCAGACUUAAGAUGAAACGCUACAGAAGGGCCUUCAGAAGUGGAAAGAUAAACAACAUUGAAGAUUAAAAACAUAUGUUGUGCCUUUAGAUGUUCUGAAAAGAGAUCAGUAAUGGAUCAAAGGAAGAAUGACAGCAUUGUCCCCAGUAUCACUCAAUUAGAAGAUUUUCUUACAGAACACAAUUCCAAUGUUGUUUGGCUUCUUGUUGCUACCAUUUUGUCUUGUGGAUGGAUUAUUUAUCUCACCUACUAUAAUUCUCGGAAUGUUGGUCUUAUUUUAACACUGGUCCUUAAUAGAUUGUAUAAACAUGGCUAUAUCCAUAUUGGUUCCUUCUCUUUCUCUGUUCUCUCUGGCAAAGUCAUGGUUCGUGAAAUAUAUUACAUUACAGAAGAUAUGUCUAUUAGGAUUCAAGAUGGAUUUAUCAUUUUUCGGUGGUGGAAAAUGUAUAACCCAAAGCAGAAACAACAUGAUCCAAAGGCAGAAACCAGAUUAUAUAUCACAGUUAAUGACUUUGAAUUUCAUGUCUACAAUCGUUCGGAUCUUUAUGGACGUCUUCAAGAGUUGUUUGGUUUGGAACCAACUAUAAUUCCACCCAAGAAGGAUGAUGAUAAGACACGGGAAAAUGGAAGAACAAGAACUCAAUCCAAAAUCAAAAGAGUUAAAGUAAAAGCAGAGUCUCAAGACCCCACAUCUUCGUGGAGAUCACUUAUCCCAGUUAUUAAGGUCAAUGUGAGCACAGGACGUUUGGCCUUUGGGAACCAUUACCAACCUCAGACUCUGUGCAUCAACUUUGAUGAUGCUUUCUUAACUUAUACUACAAAACCACCUUCAAGUCAUCUUGACCAGUUCAUGCACAUUGUGAAAGGAAAGCUUGAAAAUGUUCGAGUAAUGCUUGUUCCUAGUCCAAGAUAUGUUGGUCUACAAAACGAUGAACCACCAAGACUAAUGGGAGAGGGUUUUGUGGUGAUGCAGUCAAAUGAUGUUGACAUCUACUAUUACAUGGAUGAGCCAGGACUUGUUCCAGAAGAAACAGAAGAGAGUCUAGAAGGAGAAAUAAGCAGUGAAGAUUGCAAAUUACAAGACUUACCUCCAUGCUGGGGACUAGAUAUUGUCUGUGGUAAAGGAACAGAUUUUAAUUAUGGACCCUGGGCUGACAGACAGAGAGAUUGUUUAUGGAAGUUUUUCUUUCCACCUGACUAUCAAGUUCUGAAAGUUUCUGAGAUCGCACAGCCUGGGAGACCAAGACAGAUCCUUGCAUUUGAACUACGAAUGAAUAUUAUUGCAGAUGCUACCAUUGACUUGCUGUUUACUAAAAACAGGGAAACAAAUGCUGUACAUGUAAAUGUAGGGGCCGGCUCAUAUUUAGAAAUUAAUAUUCCAAUGACAGUUGAAGAAAAUGGUUACACCCCUGCAAUUAAAGGACAACUAUUACAUGUUGAUGCUACUACCAGCAUGCAGUAUCGAACCCUGUUAGAAGCAGAAAUGUUAGCAUUUCACAUCAAUGCCAGCUACCCCAGAAUUUGGAACAUGCCACAGACCUGGCAGUGUGAAUUAGAGGUUUAUAAAGCCACCUACCACUUCAUCUUUGCACAGAAGAAUUUCUUUACAGAUCUGAUUCAAGAUUGGUCUAGUGAUAAUGCUCCAGAUAUUUUUUCAUUUGUUCCAUAUACAUGGAAUUUUAAAAUCAUGUUUCAUCAAUUUGAAAUGAUUUGGGCUGCCAAUCAACAUAACUGGAUUGACUGUUCCACUAAACAACAGGAAAAUGUUUAUCUGGCAGCCUGUGGGGAAACAUUGAACAUUGAUUUUUCUUUGCCUUUUACGGACUUUGUUCCAGCUACGUGUAAUACCAGAUUCUCCUUAAGAGGAGAAGAUGUUGAUCUUCAUUUAUUUCUACCAGAUUGCCACCCUAGUAAAUAUUCAUUAUUUAUGCUGGUAAAGAAUUGUCACCCAAAUAAAAUGAUUCCUGAAACUGGUAUUCCUGCUGAGUGUCAGAGUGGCCAGAAAACAGUUAAACCAAAAUGGCGCAACGUUACUCAGGAAAAGGCUGGCUGGGUUGAAUGCUGGACUGUCCCUAGUGUCAUGCUUACCAUUGAUUAUACCUGGCAUCCAAUUUAUCCACAAAAAGCGGAUGAACAGCUGAAACAGUCAUUGUCAGAAAUGGAAGAAACAAUGCUAUCUGUAUUAAGGCCAGCCCAGAAAACAUCAGAGAGAGUUGUUUCUUCUCCGUCUACUUCACCACGCCCUCCUGUUGACCCCUCAGAACUUCCACCUGAUAAACUUCAUGUAGAAAUGGAACUCUCCCCAGAUUCUCAGAUAACUCUCUAUGGACCGCUCUUAAAUGCCUUUUUGUGUAUAAAGGAAAACUACUUUGGAGAAGAUGACAUGUACGUGGAUUUUGAAGAGGCUGUCUCAAGCCCUGUCCUGUCUCUGUCAACAUCCUCCAGUUCUGGGUGGACCGGUGUUGGAGUGGACAGUGAUAAAAAAGAAAAUGAAAGUUCAACCAAAUCGAUUCAUCCACUUGCCUUGCGUCCCUGGGAUAUUACAGUGCUUGUUAAUUUGUAUAAAGUUCAUGGGCGUCUUCCUGUGCAUGGAACUACUGAUGGUCCCGAAUGCCCAACAGCAUUCUUGGAAAGACUGUGUUUUGAAAUGAAAAAAGGAUUCAGGGAGACCAUGCUGCAACUUGUCCUGUCACCCUUGAAUGUGUUUGUCAGUGAUAACUAUCAGCAGCGACCACCUGUGGAUGAAGUACUCAGGGAAGGCCACAUCAAUUUGUCAGGUCUCCAGCUGAGAGCACAUGCAAUGUUCUCAGCAGAAGGUCUUCCCUUAGGAAGUGACUCUUUAGAAUACGCAUGGCUGAUUGAUGUGCAGGCUGGAAACCUUACAGCUAAAGUCACAGCACCACAGCUGGCAUGUCUCUUAGAAUGGGGGCAGACGUUUGUUUUUCAUGUGGUAUGUCGGGAGUAUGAACUGGAAAGACCAAAGUCAGUAAUAAUAUGCCAGCAUGGAAUUGAUCGUCGGGUCUGUGAGUCCAAGUUGAGUUGUAUUCCUGGGCCUUGUCCAACAUCAGAUGAUUUAAAAUACACCAUGACUCGUUUAGCAGUAGAUGGAGCUGAUAUUUAUAUUGUGGAACAUGGUUGUGCUACAAAUGUAAAGAUGGGUGCAAUUCGGGUUGCAAAUUGUAACCUCCACAACCAGUCAGUUGGGGAAGGAAUAAGUGCUGCAAUUCAGGACUUUCAAGUGAGACAGUAUAUUGAACAAUUAAAUAACUGCAGAAUUGGACUUCAGCCAGCAGUGCUACGGAGAGCCUACUGGCUGGAAGCUGGGUCAGCCAACUUAGGUCUUAUAACAGUUGAUAUUGCACUAGCUGCUGAUCACCAUUCUAAACAUGAGGCACAAAGACAUUUCUUGGAAACUCACGAUGCCAGAACUAAAAGGUUGUGGUUUUUGUGGCCAGAUGACACCUUAAAGAAUAAGAAGUGCAGAAACAAGUGUGGCUGUCUUGGUGGUUGCAGAUUCUUUGGUGGCACAGUAACUGGCCUAGAUUUCUUCAAACUUGAAGAGCUGACACCUUCCAGUAGCUCUGCAUUUUCAAACAUAACUGCGGAAUCUGAUAUGUAUUAUGGCCAGUCUUUGCUGCAGCCUGGAGAGUGGAUCAUUACUAAAGAAAUCCCUAAAACUGUAGAUGGUAAUGUGAAUGGCACGAAGAGGAAGGAAUGGGAAAACAAAUCAGUGGGAAUAGAAGUCGAGAGGAAAGCUCAGCACCUUAGUCUUCAGGUGCCCUUACGGUCCCACAGUUCAUCCUCUUCCUCAGAGGAGAAUAGCAGCUCCAGUGCUGUGCAGCCCUUACUGGCUGGCGAGAAGGAAAGCCCCUCUUCUGUUGCUGAUGACCACUUGGUUCAGAAAGAUUUCUUACAUGGUACCAAAAGAGAUGAUGGCCAAGCAAGUAUUCCUACAGAAAUUUCAGGAACCAGUCCUGUAUCUCCUAACACCCAAGACAAGUCAGUAGGACAGUCUCCUCUUAGAUCUCCUUUGAAGCGGCAAGCCUCUGUGUGUUCCACCCGACUUGGUAGUACUAAGAGCCUCACUGCUGCUUUUUAUGGAGACAAACAGCCUGUUACAGUUGGAGUCCAGUUUAGUAGUGAUGUCUCUCGAAGUGAUGAGAAUGUGCUAGACUCACCAAAACAGAGGAGAAGUUUUGGUUCAUUCCCAUACACACCAUCAGCUGACUCUAAUUCAUUUCAUCAGUAUCGGUCAAUGGAUUCCAGUAUGUCAAUGGCUGAUAGUGAAGCCUACUUCUCUGCAGCUGAAGAGUUUGAGCCCAUUAGCAGUGAUGAAGGUCCUGGAACUUAUCCUGGUAGAAAAAAGAAGAAAAAGCAAAUGCAACAGAUUGACUACAGUAGGGGUUCUAUAUAUCACAGUGUAGAAGGACCACUUACUGUCCAUGGAGAAAGCAUUACAGAUCCCCGAACUCUUCCAUUCAAAACUCACCCUUCCCAGGCUUCCUUUGUUUCUGCAUUAGGUGGUGAAGAUGAAGUCAUAGAACAUCUGUACAUUGUGGAAGGUGAGAAAACAGGAGAGACUGAGCAGAUCACGUCUCAACAGCCUGUGAUGAGUUGCUAUCAGACUUACCUUACUCAGUUUCAGGUAAUUAACUGGUCUGUUAAACAUCCUACCAACAAAAGAACCUCCAAGUCCUCAUUGCAUCGCCCCCUUGACCUAGAUACUCCAACCAGUGAAGAAAGCUCAUCAUCAUUUGAACAACUUUCUGUUCCGACAUUUAAGGUCAUCAAACAGGGACUCACUGCUAAUUCCUUGCUAGACAGAGGGAUGCAACUUUCAGGAUCAACCUCAAACACACCAUAUACUCCAUUAGACAAGAAAAUUGUUGAUAAUACAGAUGAUGAAACAUUAACAGAAGAGUGGACCCUGGACCAGCCUGUUGCUCAGACCAAGACAACAGCCAUUGUUGAAGUAAAAGGAACUGUUGAUGUUGUUCUGACUCCACUGGUGGCUGAAGCCUUAGACAGAUAUAUUGAAGCUAUGGUUCAUUGUGCUAGUACCCGGCACCCAGCUGCAAUUGUAGAUGAUCUUCACACCAAAGUCCUUAGAGAAGCUGUCCAAAAUAGUAAGACUACCUUCUCAGAAAAUUUGUCCCCUAAGCAAGAUGUUCGAGGAACAAAAACUGAGCAACCUGUGAUAGGAACAACUAACCAGGGACAAAUUCAGACAAAUGUUACAACAAAGCAAGAUAAUGUGACAAUUAAAGGUCUGCAGGCUAAUGUGAGCAUACCAAAGGUUAACUUAUGCUUGCUACAAGCCUCAGUGGAAGAAUCUCCAGCCUCAGUUCCUAGUAGAAGUGUGACUCAUGUUUCUCUGGUGGCUUUGUGUUUUGACAGAAUUGCUACACAAGUUCGUAUGAACAGAGGUGUGGUUGAAGAGACUUCAAAUAAUGUAGACCCUAGUAAAACAUCAAAUUUUGAUAGAUAUGUUCAUGCCAGCAAGAUGCAGCCACAGUCAUCUGGGUCACUUAGAUCAAAUGCUGGAGCAGAGAAAGGGAAAGAAAUUGCUGCCAAGUUGAAUAUCCAUCGAGUCCAUGGGCAACUUAGAGGUCUUGAUACUACAGACAUCGGGACCUGUGCCAUCACUGCCAUUCCCUUUGAGAAGUCCAAAGUUUUAUUUACUCUUGAAGAGUUGGAUGAAUUUACUUUUGUAGAUGAGACAGAUCAGCACGCUAUCCCAGAUGUAACACGGAUAGGUCCCAGUCAAGAAAAAUGGGGCUGGAUAAUGUUUGAAUGUGGACUUGAAAAUUUAACUAUAAAAGGAGGAAGACAAUCAGGGGCAGUUUUAUAUAACAGUUUUGGAAUUAUGGGUAAGACUAAUGUCACAGAAAGGGAUGGAGUGCUGACAUCCAAUAAUUCUUCUGAUUCUCCUACGGGCAGCGGCUACAAUACUGAUGUCUCUGAUGAUAACCUUCCGUGUGACCGAACCAGUCCUUCCUCUGACAUAAAUGGAAACUCAGUCUCAGAUGAACAAGAUGAAGGAGUUGAAUCUGAUGAUUUGAAAAAAGAUCUACCUCUAAUGCCACCACCUCCAGAUUCAUGUAGCAUGAAAUUAACUAUUAAAGAAAUUUGGUUUAGUUUUGCAGCUCCCACCAAUGUGAGAUCUCCUACACAUGCAUUUUCUAGGCAGCUGAACCUUUUAAGCACUGCAACCCCAGCUGUUGGUGCAUGGCUUGUUCCCAUUGAUCAACUCAAGUCAUCUUUAAACAAAUUAGAGACUGAGGGAACCUUGAGGAUUUGUGCUGUUAUGGGAUGCAUAAUGACGGAAGCAUUAGAGAAUAAAAGUGUACAUUUCCCUUUAAGAAGUAAAUACAAUAGACUUACAAAAGUUGCUCGCUUUCUCCAAGAAAAUCCUUCAUGUUUACUAUGCAAUAUUCUACACCACUACCUCCACCAAGCAAAUUACUCCAUCAUUGAUGAUGCCACAAUGAGUGAUGGGCUUCCUGCAUUGGUAACCUUAAAGAAAGGAUUAGUUGCUUUGGCACGGCAGUGGAUGAAGUUCAUUGUGGUGACACCUGCCUUUAAAGUAGUUAACUUACACCGACCAGCUCAGCCACUGAAACCUCCAGCUGCUAUGGACCAGGAGCAUGAAGAUGGACUUGGCCUGGAUAAUGGAGGUGGUCUUCAAAGUGAUACCAGUGCUGAUGGUGCAGAAUUUGAGUUUGAUGCAGCCACAAUCAGUGAACACACAAUGCUUCUAGAAGGAACAGCUAACCGGCCACCACCUGGGAGCUCUGGACCUGUCACUGGAGCAGAAAUAAUGAGGAAACUUUCUAAAACUCAUACCCAUAGUGACUCUGCAUUAAAAAUAAAGGGAAUUCAUCCAUAUCAUUCUCUGAGUUACACCAGUGGAGACACUGCGACGGAUUCUCCAGUGCAUGUUGGACGUGCUGGGAUGCCAGUAAAGGAGAGUCCAAGGAAGGAGAGCCUUCUCAGCUAUCUGACUGGAAGCUUCCCAAGCCUGCACAACCUGCUGGAAGGCACUCCUCAGAGAAGUAGUGCAGCUGUGAAAAGUAGCUCCCUAACAAGAACAGGAAAUACAGUGGCCACCGACAUGUUGUCUGAACAUCCUUUGUUAUCUGAGCCAUCAUCUGUGAGUUUUUAUAAUUGGAUGUCAAAUGCUGUGGGUAAUCGUGGAAGCGUGGUACAAGAAUCUCCCAUUACAAAGUCAGGACAUAACAGUCUUCCAACAGGAGUUGCACCCAAUCUUCCUACGAUACCAUCAGCCUCAGAUUUCAACACCGUCCUGUCUAGUGAUCAGAAUACUCUGGAUGGGACACAUUCUCAGCAUAGUACUAGUCAAGAUGAUGUGGCAGGCGUGGAAGAAGCAAACCAAGGCUUUCCUGCUGUUCAACUUGCUGAUGCACAGGUUGUUUUUAAACCUCUUCUGAGUCAUACUGGGAUCCAGUCACAGGACACAAUGCCCCUCUGUUACCGGAUGUACUUUGGAGAACAUCUUUCAUUUUCAGGAACUUUGGACUGCCUCAGAGCAGAUAUUGUAGAUUCAGACACAGCUAAAGACAGGAAAGGCAAAAGAGCAAGAAGGCAAGGCCAUGUGAAUCUUCCUCCACUUGAGUUCAAACCAGCAUUAAUGUUGGAAACCUUUAGCAUCAGUGCUGUUGUGAUGGAAAAGUCAGUGUGUACUCCUCAGAACCCUACCAGUGCUCUUUCCUUUCAUGAUCUCAAUAAGCGCUAUUACAACACCUUCCACUGCAACUUUACUAUUUCCUGUCAGUCAAUAAGUCAACAUGUGGAUAUGGCUCUGGUUCGUCUUAUCCAUCAGUUCAGUACAAUGAUAGAUGACAUCAAAGCAACUCAGACCGACAUUAAACUUAGUAGAUACACAGCUGGAUCAGCUUCUCCUACACCUACCUUCAAAACCAGAAAACACCGGGAUUUCCGUUCAUCUGACUUCAGCCGUAGUUCUAGAGGAAGUCUCAAUGGUGGGAACAGAGUAAAUAAUGCUAAGAACAAACGGGCCAACAAUGAGAACAACAAAAAAGAAUCCCGAAACAAAAACUCACUAGGAAGGUCUGAAAGAAGAACUUCAAAAGUAUCUAGAAAAGGUUCGAAAGAUGUAGUGGAUCACAUGACCAUCCAUAUGGAUGACUCAGAUUCCAUUACAGUGUCAGAACAAAGUGAGCCUUCGGCUGAGUGCUGGCAGAAUAUGUAUAAAUUGCUUAACUUCUACUCACUUAUCUCAGAUCCAACAGGAAUAUUGGAAAAAUCAUCAGAAACAUUUGGACCAGCAGGUGUUCGGAGUCCUACAGAGCCAACAUGUAGAGUUGUCUUUGAGAAUGAACAAGACAACAACAGUUUGACUAAAACACAGAGAAAACGUAGUCUGGUAACCUCUGAGCCUCAGCAUGUUACUUUAAUCGUGUUUGGGAUUGGCAUGGUAAACCGCACACACCUAGAGGCAGAUAUUGGUGGGCUGACAAUGGAGUCAGAGCUGAAGAGGAUCCAUGGCAGUUUCACUCUUAAGGAAAAAAUGAAAGAUGUUUUACAUCAAAAGAUGACUGAGACAUGUGCUACUGCUCACAUUGGUGGGGUUAAUAUUGUGCUACUUGAAGGGAUCACACCAAAUAUACAAUUGGAGGAUUUUCCUACAUCUCCUACAAGUACAGCCAAACAAGAGUUUCUAACUGUGGUGAAAUGUAGUAUUGCCAAGUCCCAAGCCCUCUACAGUGCCCAAAGAGGGCUGAAGACAAACAAUGCUGCAGUAUUCAAAGUAGGAGCUAUCAGUAUCAACAUCCCUCAGCAUCCUGCCACCUUACACAGCAUGAUGGUUCGAAGUUCUCACCAAUUAUCCAAACAAAUCUCAGACCUUAUUAGACAGCCUUCCACAGCCCCACAGCCUAUGAAAGAAGAUAUUGCAACCCCACUGCCUUCUGAAAAAACUCCAACAAGUGUUAAUCAGACUCCUAUUGAAACAAAUGAAUUUCCUCAACUACCAGAAGGUUUAGAGAAGAAGCCUAUUGUUCUCAAAUUUAGCGCCAUGUUAGAUGGCAUAGCCAUUGGAGCAGCACUCUUACCAUCACUGAAAGCAGAGUACAAGAUGGGGAGAAUGAGAAGCCAUGGAAUGACAGGUGCACAGACAAGGUUUACUUUUGAGUUACCAAAUCAUAGAUUGCGUUUUACUUCAAAAGUUUCUGCAACAGAUAUGUCAACUAUCCCUCCUUCUGCAAGUCUUAAUCUUCCACCUGUUACCAUGUCAGGGAAAUAUAUCAUGGAAGAACAUGAUAGUUACUCAGAUCAAGUGUGGAGCAUAGAUGAGCUGCCUUCUAAACAGGGCUACUAUUUACAAGGGAAUUAUCUACGUUGUGUAGCAGAAGUUGGUUCCUUUGAACACAAUCUCACAACAGAUCUUUUAAACCACUUGGUGUUUGUACAGAAAGUGUUCAUGAAGGAAGUGAAUGAAGUAAUACAGAAGGUGUCUGGUGGAGAGCAGCCUAUUCCUCUUUGGAAUGAACAUGAUGGAACAACAGAUGGAGAUAAACCAAAAAUUCUCCUGUAUUCCCUGAAUUUACAGUUUAAGGGUAUUCAGGUAACAGCCACCACUCCUUCAAUGAGAGCUGUGAGAUUUGAAACUGGACUGAUUGAACUGGAACUUUCAAACCGACUUCAAACCAAAGCUUCACCAGGAAGUAGCAGCUAUUUGAAACUCUUUGGUAAAUGCCAAGUAGACUUAAAUCUGGCAUUAGGGCAAAUUGUCAAACAUCAGGUUUAUGAGGAAGCUGGUUCUGAUUUUCAUCAAGUUGCCUAUUUUAAAACUAGAAUUGGAUUAAGGAAUGCCCUUCGAGAAGAAAUCAGUGGUUCUUCAGAUAGGGAAGCUGUGCUUAUUACCUUGAAUAGACCAAUAGUUUAUGCACAACCUGUGGCCUUUGAUAGAGCUGUGCUGUUUUGGUUGAAUUAUAAGGCUGCCUAUGACAACUGGAAUGAACAACGAAUGGCUUUACAUAAGGAUAUUCAUAUGGCGACAAAGGAAGUGGUAGACAUGCUUCCUGGUAUCCAGCAAACAUCAGCCCAGGCCUUUGGGACUCUCUUCCUCCAGCUGACUGUGAAUGAUCUAGGAAUUUGCCUCCCUAUAACAAAUACUGCACAGUCUAAUCACACUGGGGACCUUGACACCGGCUCUGCUCUAGUGCUAACCAUUGAAAGUACCCUCAUCACUGCGUGUUCCUCAGAGUCUCUGGUUAGCAAAGGCCAUUUCAAGAACUUCUGUAUCCGUUUUGCUGAUGGCUUUGAGACAUCGUGGGAUGACUGGAAACCAGAGAUCCGUGGAGAUCUAGUCAUGAAUGCUUGUGUAGUUCCAGAUGGCACCUAUGAAGUUUGUUCAAGGACUACAGGACAAGCUGCAGCUGAAAGUAGUAGUGCUGGAACAUGGACUCUCAAUGUACUGUGGAAAAUGUGUGGGAUUGAUGUCCACAUGGACCCUAACAUUGGCAAAAGGCUUAAUGCUCUGGGAAACACCCUUACAACACUGACAGGAGAGGAGGAUAUAGAUGACAUUGCUGAUCUCAAUUCAGUGAACAUAGCUGACCUGUCAGAUGAAGACGAAGUCGAUACUAUGUCUCCCACAAUCCAUACUAGUUCAGAUGGAAGUACAGUAAGUGGAGAUGGCCACAAACUCACCUUUGGGCAACGACUUGUAAAUCACCUACUAGGCCUGGCACCCCAAAAUCAGCGCUAUUCUGUUCCUGCAGAGUAUCUGUGUGAUUCAGAAAUGUGGGGCUCCCCUCAGUCUAGCCAGUCCCAUUUGAAAGCAUGCAGAGCACACUCAUGGGGAAAUGAAACUAUAGAUUAUCGAAGACAAGGAACAUCAUCUAGCCAGCCAGGAGAACCCAGAGGAAGAAAGAUUAUGAAACGUUUAGUAGACAUCAGAGAACUGAAUGAACAGGCGAAAGUCAUAGAUGAUCUUAAAAAAUUGGGUGCAAGUGAAGGAACCAUAAACCAGGAAAUUCAGCGUUACCAACAGCUGGAGUCUGUGGCUGUGAAUGACAUCCGAAGAGAUGUUCGUAAAAAGUUACGGAGAUCCAGUAUGCGAGCUGCUUCCCUCAAGGAUAAGUGGGGUUUAGGUUACAAACCAAGUUACAGCCGAUCAAAGAGCAUUUCAGCUUCUGGAAGACCACCUCUUAAGAGAAUGGAAAGAGCAAGUUCUCGAAUAGGAGAAACUGAUGAGCUUCCAGAAAUCCGUGUGGAUGCGGCAUCUCCUGGACCCAGAGUAACUUUUAACAUCCAGGAUACAUUUCCAGAGGAGACAGAACUGGAUCUUUUGUCAGUAACUAUUGAAGGUCCAUCGCAUUACUCAUCAAACAGUGAAGGAUCAUGCUCGGUGUUCAGCUCUCCCAAAACCACAGGAAGCUUUUCACCAAAUGUCCCUUUCCAAUCCGAAGAUGGCCGACGGGAUGACAGUCUGUCUUCUACCAGUGAAGACUCUGAAAAGGAUGAAAAAGAUGAAGACCGUGAGAGGGAACGAUUCUAUAUUUAUAGGAAGCCCUCACAUACCUCUCGGAAGAAAGCCACAGGCUUUGCUGCUGUUCACCAACUUCUUACUGAACGCUGGCCUACAACACCAGUCAACCGAAGUCUUAGUGGCACAGCUACUGAGAGAAAUAUUGACUUUGAACUUGAUAUACGGGUAGAAAUUGACAGUGGGAAAUGUGUCCUCCACCCGACCACUCUUUUGCAGGAGCAUGAUGAUAUAAGUUUAAGAAGGAGUUAUGAUCGAAGUUCUAGGAGUUUAGAUCAAGAUUCUCCUUCAAAAAAGAAAAAAUUUCAAACUAAUUAUGCUUCUACCACUCAUUUAAUGACGGGCAAGAAAGUGCCAUCCUCUCUACAGACCAAGCCCAGUGACUUAGAAACAACAGUGUUUUAUAUUCCUGGAGUGGACGUAAAGUUGCAUUACAAUUCUAAGACAUUAAAGACCGAAUCACCUAAUGCCUCCAGAGGAUCUUCCUUGCCUAGAACACUCUCCAAAGAGUCCAAGUUGUAUGGUAUGAAAGAUAACGCAGCAUCUCCUUCUCCUCCUUUACCUUGCACUGUCCAGAGCAAGACUAACACCUUACUUCCUCCCCAACCCCCACCUAUUCCCUCAGCUAAAGGAAAAGGCAGUGGAGGAGUAAAAACAGCCAAGCUCUAUGCCUGGGUAGCACUUCAGUCAUUACCAGAAGAAAUGGUUAUUAGCCCUUGUCUAUUGGACUUUCUGGAGAAGGCUCUGGAAACUAUCCCAAUUACACCAAUUGAAAGGAAUUAUACAGCAGUCAGCUCACAAGAUGAAGAUAUGGGGCACUUUGAAAUCCCAGAUCCUAUGGAAGAAUCAACAACAUCCCUAGUGUCAUCUUCAACGUCUGCUUACUCUUCCUUCCCUGUAGAUGUUGUGGUUUAUGUUCGAGUUCAGCCUUCACAGAUCAAAUUUAGUUGUUUGCCAGUAUCAAGAGUAGAAUGCAUGCUGAAGCUGCCAUCCCUGGACUUGGUUUUUUCUUCAAACCGAGGAGAACUGGAUACUUUGGGGACUACGUACCCUGCAGAGAUCUUGUCCCCUGGUGGUAAUGCUCCUCAGAGUGGGACAAAGACUUCUGCCAGCAAAGCUGGAAUACCAGGCUCAUCAGGUUUAGGGAGCCCACUUGGCCGAAGUCGACACAGUAGCAGUCAGUCAGAUCUCACUGGCUCCAGCAGCAGCUCAUCUGGCCUGAGCUUCACUGCAUGCAUGUCUGACUUUUCCCUGUAUGUGUUUCACCCCUAUGGUGCAGGGAAGCAGAAGUCCACGGUUUCUGGUCUUACAUCUGGAUCAGGAGGACUAGGGAAUGUAGAUGAAGAACCUACUUCAGUCACUGGUCGAAAAGACUCAUUAAGUAUAAACCUUGAGUUUGUAAAAGUGAGCUUGUCUCGGAUAAGACGCUCAGGAGGUGCCUCAUUUUUUGAAAGUCAGUCUAUAAGCAAGUCUGCAAGCAAAAUGGACACCACAUUAAUCAAUAUAUCUGCUGUUUGUGAUAUAGGGUCCGCUUCAUUUAAGUAUGAUAUGCGCCGACUCAGUGAAAUUUUGGCGUUUCCAAGAGCCUGGUACAGGAGAAGUAUUGCAAGGCGCCUGUUCCUUGGAGACCAAACUGUAAAUUUGCCAACAUCUGGUCCAGGGACUCCUGAUUCCAUUGAAGGGGUUAGCCAGCACCUUUCUCCUGAGUCAUCAAGGAAAGCAUACUGCAGGACCUGGGAUCAGCCAAGUCAGUCAGCCUCUUUCACUCAUAUGCCUCAGUCACCCAACGUGUUCAAUGAGCACAUGACCAAUAGUACCAUGUCACCAGGGUCAGCAGCACAGAACCUCAAGUCCCCAGCUUCCAUAAGAUCAAGGAGUGUGUCAGACUCUUCAGUUCCUCGAAGAGAUUCAAUUUCUAAAACAUCAACACCUGUUAACAAAUCAAACAAAGCAGCAAGCCAGCAAGGGACUCCAUGGGAGACACUUGUUGUAUUCGCUAUCAACUUGAAACAACUAAACGUUCAAAUGAAUAUGAGUAAUGUCAUGGGAAAUACAACUUGGACAACUAGUGGUUUGAAAAGCCAAGGCCGGCUUUCUGUAGGAAGUAACCGUGAUCGAGAGAUUAGCAUGUCUGUCGGUCUGGGAAGGUCACAGUUAGAUUCCAAAGGAGGAGUAGUUGGUGGGACCAUCGAUGUCAAUGCUUUGGAGAUGGUUGCUCAUAUUUCUGAACAUCCAAAUCAGCAACCCAGCCACAAAAUACAGAUUACCAUGGGUUCUACUGAAUCUCGGGUUGAUUACAUGGGCUCAAGUAUCCUCAUGGGUAUCUUCAGCAAUGCUGAUCUUAAGCUUCAGGAUGAGUGGAAAGUGAACUUAUAUAACACCCUGGAUUCAAGCAUGACUGAUAAAAGUGAGAUUUUUGUGCAUGGAGACUUGAAGUGGGAUAUUUUCCAAGUAAUGAUAUCAAGAUCAACCACACCAGACUUGAUAAAAAUAGGAAUGAAGCUCCAAGAAUUUUUCACACAACAGUUUGACACCAGCAAACGAGCUCUGUCGACCUGGGGACCUGUACCUUAUCUUCCACCCAAGACCAUGACUAACAACCUGGAGAAAAAUUCACAAGAACAAUUGCUCGAUGCUGCGCACCACCGACAUUGGCCUGGGGUGUUGAAGGUGGUAUCUGGAUGCCAUAUAUCCUUAUUUCAGAUUCCAUUACCAGAAGAUGGGAUGCAGUUUGGAGGAUCCAUGAGCUUACAUGGAAAUCACAUGACCCUGGCUUGUUUUCAUGGCCCAAAUUUCCGUUCAAAAUCCUGGGCCCUUUUUCAUUUAGAAGAACCAAAUAUUGCCUUUUGGACUGAAGCUCAGAAAAUCUGGGAAGAUGGCUCUAGUGAUCAUUCUACAUAUAUUGUUCAAACACUGGAUUUUCAUCUGGGUCAUAAUACCAUGGUUACCAAACCAUGUGGUGCUCUGGAAAGUCCCAUGGCAACAAUAACCAAGAUAACAAGGCGUCGCCACGAAAACCCACCUCAUGGAGUAGCAAGUGUAAAAGAAUGGUUCAACUAUGUCACUGCCACAAGAAACGAAGAGCUAAACUUACUUCGCAAUGUUGAUGCUAAUAACAUGGAGAACAGUACUACUAUGAAGAAUUCUAGUUUGUUGAGUGGAUUCAGGGGAGGUUCUAGCUACAACCAUGAAACAGAGACUAUAUUUGCAUUGCCAAGGAUGCAGCUUGAAUUUAAAUCAAUUCAUGUUCAAGAACCACAGGAGCCUUCAUUACAAGAUGCCAACUUGAAACCCAAGGUGGAAUGCAGUGUGGUGACAGAGUUUACUGACCACAUUUGUGUGACUAUGGAUGCUGAGCUCAUCAUGUUUCUCCAUGACCUAGUGUCAGCCUAUCUGAAAGAAAAAGAAAAAGCCAUUUUUCCACCUCGGAUUCUAUCUACUCGACCAGGACAAAAAAGUUCAAUUAUUAUGCAUGAUGAUAAUUCCUCUGACCGAGAUAGAGAAGACAGUAUCACUUACACCACUGUGGACUGGAGAGACUUUAUGUGCAACACAUGGCAUUUGGAGCCUACCCUUAGAUUAAUUUCUUGGACUGGAAGAAAGAUUGAUCCAGUAGGUGUUGAUUAUAUUCUUCAAAAAUUGGGCUUUCACCAUGCCAGGACUACUAUUCCCAAAUGGCUUCAGAGAGGAGUGAUGGACCCGCUGGACAAGGUGUUGUCUGUUCUCAUCAAAAAACUUGGCACUGCACUGCAGGAUGAAAAGGAAAAGAAAGGAAAAGACAAAGAAGAACACUAGAAUAGUAGCUUGAUCUGUGAAAAACCUGAUUGUGUCCGUUAAGUUUUAUUACACUGGAUUUAUUUUUCAGCAUAACUUUAAAUAUUACUUUAAAUAAUUCUAAUUUUGUGGCCAUUAUUGUAACAGUUUGUAAGUUAAUCUGUUUAUUCUAGUUCUACCAUUCUGUAUACAGUAAAGUAGUGCAUGAAAAUAUAAAUUUUAUGGAAAACUACAUAAAAUAUACACAUAAAAUUUAUGAUUGUUUUAUGUGCAAUAUAAUUCUGCAUUUAAAAUAUUUGCAGAGUAACUGUGAAUUUUUUUGUUAUUGGCCAUAACUUUUAGAAAAACUCUUGUUGAUAAUGUGAUUGGGGGGGUCUUUUUUAUGUAGACUUGUAUAAAUAUCUAUUUGUAUAUAAUUUGAGUAAUUGUGAUGAUUGUAUACAACAAAAAUGUUGUUUGUAAUUAUUGUAAUAAAGUCACAAUAAUGGCUUCAGACCAU